AGUCAGCAGUAGUUGAACGCGUUGAGUGCUUGCGACAUUUAGACGUGGUGCGGUCGUAACGAGAAAUUGUGCGCGGAACAAACGCACCGAGUAAUAAUAAUAAAAUAGCUAACACAAGACUACCGAGCAGAAAAAUUGUAGAAAAGGUAAAAAACGUACAAAGCGAAUAGAGCUGCAAAACGUGUGUGAACUAUUCAGUAAUAUUUUCAGGCGCUGAAAAUAAAUUUGAAAGCAAAUAAAUCUCUGGGAUUUAAUUCCUCUUUUAUCACUGCGUUUUUUGUACGUCGUUUGAAAAAUAUCAUAAAAUUUAUUCCCAAACGUUAUCAACGUAUCAAGCAAAAUUAAAAACAAAACCAGUAACAACCAUGUGUAAUAUCUACAAAAACGCAUCGCCAACAUCAACUACUUGGAUAGCAACGUCAUCGGCAACGUCGGGUUCGGAGAUGACGGCAGGCAAACGGCGCGCGGCUGGUGGCAUUUUAACCAGUCUCACGCCAACACAUGUGACCACCAGCGGUAGCAGAAAAUUUUUACUUGCCGUCGCGCUGUUUGUCCUGUUGGCCAGCGUUAAUGGUGCUACUGAUCAGAAGACUGUUAAACCAUCACCAACAUCGCCGUUGUCAUCAUCAUCAGCGAGUCUCUCAGCAACGCCUAAAGACGAAAUUUACAUUGACGAUGAGAGCAUUGAGGGUUCAGGCGGUCGUGGCGGGCUGCACGAUGAUUUAGACAAGGAUCCCGAUUAUUCCGGUUCCGGUUUUGGUCCAGAUGACGAAGACUCCUCCACCGAUUUACAGCCAUCGCAUCGCGGAAACAAUAUACACACACAAUCGGGUAAACAUAAUACAGUUUUGACCACCGACGACAACGACGAUCUCAUCACCAGUAGAACUCAUCAUCAAACGAAUAGUGGCACAAUCAUUGGCAGUAAUAGCGGCAGCAAUUCAGGCAUCAUCGGUGGCAAUAGUGGUAGCAACACUGGCCUCAAUACAAUUGCACCUCACUACCCUGCAGGCGGCGCUGCGCACACAGACGACGAAGACUUCGAUCUCGGCGAAGGCGAUGAUGACGACGCCAAACAGCAGCUGGGCGGCGCUGGCUCAUUUGCCGGCAGUGGUGAUGGUGAUCGUGACGACGAUGACGAUGAUCACACGGGCGAUGUGGAUGACGAUGAUGAGCACGAGGUGCUCAUUGAACGUCCACAUCAACCCAAAAACGAUUUCGGUCUGGGCAAAGAACCAACCGCUGCGGUGGAGAAUGGCACCAACACAAGCAGCACCACCGCAUCGUCCACCACUACCACCACUGGCAGCAGCAGCGGCAGCAAUGAUCACAAGGCGAUCUUUAGCUCGUCGCAUGACGAAGACGAGCAUGUUGUGGACGCUGAUGAAGAGGAUGAAUUCGAUGACACUUACGAUGAGGAUAACAAGGACGAUGACGAGGAUGAUGAGGACGGUCGCGUGCACGAAGAGGACGACAAUACCGAAGUGUAUAUUGAUGGCACGGAGCCGAAUACCAAGAGCGGAGGCAGCGUCGACCAGGACAUUGAACGAGGUACCACCAAUCAAGGCAAUACCAUACACGAAUUGGACACAAACAACGUAAAUAGCCAACCGACAGACACUAAAGUGAUCGAACACACAACCGGCAACGAAGUACUCAUCAUGAAUACCAGCGACGACGAUCGAACGGCGAGCUUCUUCGCACAACCCGGCAUUUUAGCAGCUGUCAUCGGUGGCGCUGUUGUCGGCCUGCUCUGCGCCAUUCUCGUCGUCAUGUUCAUCGUUUACCGCAUGCGGAAAAAGGACGAGGGCUCCUAUGCGCUCGAUGAACCCAAACGCUCGCCGGCUGUCAAUUCCUAUGCGAAAAACGCGAAUAAUCGCGAAUUCUAUGCCUGAGAUAAUUCCCAACGUUACUAGAGAGUAGACGCUGUAGCGCAGGCGGUACGUGUAGGCGGCGUAAAGAGGGCGGCGAGCGCAGCAGCAGGAAGUGGAGCGAAGAGUGUAGGCGAUGGGUGCGCAGGAGGAGCAGUGAAUGGGAAAAAAAUAAAAUAAAAUUUAAUAAAAUGUAAGCGAAUAAGUAAAUAGUGAAUAGUGAAACAAAUUACAAAGAAACAAGAAAGAAGAGCGAAAGCAGCAGAACAACAAAAGAGUAUGAACGUGUGAAACGGAAGCAUAACGAAAACUGUAACAAGCAAUUAUUAUUUUUGCCAAGAAUUUUCGAAUAUUUUUUUUUUGAUUACUACACACAAAAAAGUUUGGAAUUAAAACUCAGUUACACACACACACACACAUAAACACAUAUACAGCUGUACGCGCAUUGGACGCGCAUACAUAUACGAAAUGGUUGUUUUUGGUGUUGAAAAGCGAAAAUAUUUUGGGAGAAGAAGCAGCAGAGCUUGCUGAAAGCAUAAUAACGGUUUUUUCGUGAGCAAAAACAAAAACAAACAACUCGAUAAAGUGUAAAGUUUUCUCUUGCUGAAAUCGCCAGCAAAAAGUUUAGUUGCAAGUUUCUGUGUACGAAAAAGAAUGUGAAGCAAAAACAACAAAGCGUAAGCGAAAAUGCGCAGCAAACAGCAGAGAAACUGAAUUUUUUAUUUGCAACAAUUAAGUUAUUUAAAUUUAAGUAAAACAAACAAUAACAAAAACAUAACAGCGUAAAGCAUAUGUAUGGAAAGCAAAAACAAUUACAACAACAAUUGUGUGUAAAGAGACGCUGGAAAGCGCGUGCAAGAAAAUAUCAGAUUUAAUUUAACGGGAAUUUUGAUUUCGAACGUUUGAAGAAAAUUAUGAAAUUAUAUAAAUUAAUAUAUAAAGUAAAUUGCAUAUAGACUUAGUAAACAUAAUUUAAAAAAAUCAAAAAAAAAAUAUUAAUAUUAAAAUAAUAUUAAAUGGAUAAAUGAAAUACUUUAUAAGGGCGGGACACUUUUCAUAAAUGUAGCAAAAUUUAUAAAAACAAAAGUGAAAACUUAACAAAUACACACACACGAACACACAUCUACAAACAAAGCAACAAAAAUGCAAGUAACAACAAAAACACACGCCGUGCUAAACACACACACACACAACUAUUUAAUAAUUUAAGUAAAUAUAUAUGUGCAUGUGUGUGUACGAGUCAGCACUCGCAACAUUAAAGAGAAAUAAAAAAAAACACUUGAAAAUAUAAAUAAGCAUAAAUAUGUAUGUAAACUUUUAGUACCGAAAACAUUUAAAAAACAACAAAUAAAUAUAUGAAAUUGAUAGUAAGUUAAACAAAAAAUUAAAAUAAAUAAUAUUAAUGUAGAAAAAUAUUAUAAGUUUGCAAACGGCAAAUAUUAUGAUGUUUAUAAACAAAAAACAAAUAAAAAAUAUGGCUAGAGUUAUUGUUUGUAAGUAAAAGUUAUAAAUGUAUUAACGGAAAAUAUGUAAUUAAUGAGUUAAAACAAUUUAAUAAACGAAAUUUAUAAAAUAAUGAUAAUAACAGCAAAGAAAUAGUAAGGAAGCAUAAUAUGUUGACCAAAAUGACAAACUUAACGGCGAAAAGUAAUAAUAAAUGGUAAAAAAAAAUAUUGCAGUAAUAAAAUUUUAAAAUAAAAUAAAAAAAUUCAAAUAAAUUUAAAUAAUUGUAAAAAAGUAAUGUUAAUAAAAUUUUUGAAAUGAAAAAAUAAAUAAAAAUUAAAUAAAAAUAAAAAAAAA